AUGUGUCCCUCCCCAGGGGUCCUCGUCGGCGUGGUCCUGCGCUACGGCAUCCACGUCCCCAGUGAUGUCAACAACGUGACGCUGAGCUGCCAAGUGCAGACCAGUCCCGCCACGCUGCUCGUGAACGUCAGCGGAAAGUACUAUGAGUACACCCUGAAGGGGGAAAUCAGCGCCCAGGAGCUCAAUAACGUCCAGGAUAAUGAGAUGCUGAGAAAGGUGACUUUUGAUCCUGAAGUAUUUUUCAACAUUUUGCUUCCUCCAAUUAUAUUUUAUGCAGGCUACAGCUUGAAAAGGAGGCAUUUCUUCAGAAACUUGGGAUCCAUCCUAGCAUACGCUUUUCUCGGCACUGCAAUUUCCUGCCUGGUGAUCGGCUCUGUCGUGUACGGCUGCGUGGCGCUCAUGAAAGUCACUGGGCAGCUCGGGGGAGACUUCUACUUCACUGACUGCCUCCUGUUCGGUGCCAUCGUAUCAGCUACUGACCCAGUGACUGUUCUUGCCAUAUUCCAUGAACUCCAGGUUGAUGUUGAGCUGUAUGCCCUUCUCUUUGGCGAAAGCGUCCUCAAUGAUGCCGUCGCCAUAGUGCUGUCUUCUUCAAUUGUUGCAUACCAGCCGGCAGGCGACAACAGCCACACAUUUGAUGUCACAGCGAUGUUCAAGUCCAUUGGGAUCUUCCUGGGGAUAUUCAGUGGAUCUUUUGCAAUGGGAGCAGCUACUGGAGUUGUGACAGCUUUAGUCACCAAGUUCACCAAACUUCGGGAGUUCCCGCUGCUGGAGACUGGCUUGUUCUUCUUGAUGUCCUGGAGCACGUUCCUGCUGGCUGAAGCGUGUGGCUUUACAGGUGUGGUGGCUGUCCUCUUCUGCGGGAUCACGCAGGCCCAUUAUACCUAUAACAACUUAUCUACAGAGUCCCAACAUAGAACUAAGCAGUUGUUUGAGCUUCUGAAUUUCUUGGCAGAAAACUUCAUCUUCUCCUACAUGGGACUUGCACUGUUCACCUUCCAGAACCAUGUCUUUAACCCUACUUUCGUCGUGGGGGCUUUUCUUGCUAUCUUCCUAGGAAGAGCUGCCAAUAUUUAUCCACUGUCAUUUUUACUGAAUUUGGGGAGAAGAAAUAAGAUUGGAACAAAUUUGCAGCAUAUGAUGAUGUUCGCCGGGCUGCGAGGAGCCAUGGCGUUCGCCUUGGCCAUCCGCGACACGGCCACCUACGCCCGGCAGAUGAUGUUCAGCACAACGCUCCUCAUCGUCUUUUUUACGGUGUGGGUUUUUGGUGGGGGCACCACGGCCAUGCUGUCCUGCCUGAAUAUCCGAGUUGGUGUGGAUGCGGAUCAGGAGAAUGUGGGCGUCCCGGAGAGCGAGAGGAGGAGUACGAAGGCAGAAAGCGCCUGGCUUUUCCGUAUGUGGUACAACUUCGAUCACAACUAUCUAAAGCCUCUGCUGACACACAGCGGUCCUCCUCUGACGACCACGCUCCCAGGGUGCUGUGGGCCUGUUGCCCGGUGCCUGACCAGUCCGCAGGCGUACGAAAAUCAAGAGCAGCUGAAGGACGAUGACUCUGACCUCAUUUUGAACGACGGGGACAUCAGUCUGACCUACGGAGAUUCCACCGUCAACACCGACUCUGUCGCAUCCAGCGGCACGUCGCGGCGGUUCGUGGGAAACAGCUCAGAAGAUGCGCUUGAUCGGGAGCUCGCUUUUGGGGACCAUGAACUUGUAAUCCGGGGAACGCGCCUGGUCCUUCCCAUGGAUGAUUCGGAGCCACCAUCAAAUGUCCUGGAUAACGCAAGACAUGGUCCAGCAUAAGGUUGCUCGGUUUAAUUGGCAGUAAUAUUUGCAUAUAUGAUCAAGAAAAAUGUACUACCUAAAGUCUAAUGCAUGUCUCAAAAUGUCUAAGCUGUAUAAAUAUUAUUUAUAUGGUAUCAGAAGAAUAUAAAUAUUCUCUGCCAAGCACUUGUAAAGAACAAGCUGCAAAUUUAAGUUACAAACU